ACCUUCAUCAUUUCUUCUCUCACUCAUAGAACCCAUCUCUGUCUCUAAGUUUUUUCUAGCCUCUGAGUUCUAUUAAUCUCCUAGCCCAAGAAAAUGGAGCCUCCUCCUGCUACACCAAUCAUAGCCAAGAAACUGAGCAACAUGGUACGUCUGAUUUUGUUCACAUUACAAAAGGGCGUGUCCAAAAAGAAGCUGAUGAUGAUGAAGGAGCAUGGGAAGAUCUUAGGUAAGUACUUCAAUGAUUUCAUGGUCCGCCACCACACGGCGCUCAGCUGCAAGUCACAUGACGUGCACGUGUCGUUCGUGUACCCCCUCGAGUACGAGUUCAGCUGCAAAAGCAGCAUCCCACCCUACAGAUCAACCUACACUCCUCCCUGCCACGACAGCGGGCACAAUAAGGGACGUUACGUUAGGCAGCGUUCGCGGCGGAGCGUUUACGUGCCGAUGAUGUGUGAGAACGUAUUGGCGACGGUUAACACCGGCAGGAAAGUGAGCUUUCGCGGCAGUGAUGUGGUGGAACCACUGCCGAUGGUGAGGCGGGUAAGGAUAACGGAGUGGGAGCCGUUGUUCCCGUUGAAUAUUGAUGAGGAGGAGGAGGAGGAUUAUCAUGUGGACAAGGCAGCACAGGAAUUUAUUGACAAGUUUUAUAGGGAGUUAAUGUUGCAAAAAUGGAUGGCCGUAGAUUCCACCCACUGAUCUUAAACUGCUUUAUUAGAUUGUAACGAUGUGUAGCUUGUGAGUGUAUUUAGUGAAAGUAAUUACAACCCAUGCAUGCUUUCUUUCAUGUUAUUGUACAGUUGGGAUUUAACCACCCUAAUGCAAGACCUUUCUUUCAUGUUA